AGUUGUUCUGUGACCGCUUCCGGAGGCAGGGCCGGAAGUGGUGGCCCGGCUGUGUCAACCCGGGGGCUGCGGGCUGAGUGUGGCGGAGGUCGCGACCAUGGGCGGGAAGAACAAGCAGCGGACCAAAGGGAACCUGCGGCCUUCAAACAGUGGCCGAGCUGCAGAACUUCUAGCCAAAGAACAGGGAACCGUGCCUGGAUUCAUUGGUUUUGGAACAUUUCAGAGUGACCUGGGCUACGUUCCUGCCGUUCAAGGAGCUGAGGAAAUAGACAACCUUGUAGAUUCUGAUUUCCGAAUGGUGCUGCGGAAACUUUCUAAGAAAGAUGUCACCACGAAAUUAAAAGCUAUGCAAGAAUUUGGAACUAUGUGUACAGAGAGAGAUACAGAAAUUGUAAAAGGAGUUCUUCCAUACUGGCCAAGAAUAUUUUGCAAAAUUUCACUUGACCAUGACCGCCGGGUUCGAGAAGCCACACAGCAAGCUUUUGAAAAACUUAUCCUCAAAGUUAAGAAACACUUGGCUCCUUAUUUAAAAAGUUUAAUGGGCUAUUGGCUCAUAGCUCAGUGUGACACGUACGCACCAGCCGCGUCCGCAGCAAAAGAUGCCUUCGAAGCAGCCUUCCCUCCCAGCAAGCAGCCUGAAGCCAUAGCAUUCUGUAAGGAUGAGAUCACAAGUGUGCUGCAGGACCACCUGAUAAAGGAAACACCCGACUCGCUCAGUGACCCACAAACUGUUCCAGAGGAAGAGAGAGAAGCUAAAUUCUAUCGGGUUGUAACUUGUUCCUUAUUGGCAUUAAAGAAAUUGCUUUGCCUCUUACCUGAUAAUGAACUUGAUUCUCUGGAGGAGAAAUUUAAGUCUCUUCUAUCACAGAAUAAAUUUUGGAAGUAUGGAAAACACAGUAUACCUCAGAUCCGCUCAGCUUAUUUUGAGUUAAUUUCUGCUUUGUGCCAGCGUAUUCCACAAUUGAUGAAGAAGGAAGCACCAAAAGUGAGCUCGUCUGUCCUACUUAGCAUUGAUGACAGCGACCCCAUCGUCUGCCCUGCUCUCUGGGAAGCUGUACUGUAUACACUUACAACCAUUGAGGACUGUUGGCUUCAUGUAAAUGCAAAAAAAAGUGUUUUUCCCAAACUUUCAGCUGUGGUUCGUGAAGGUGGUCGGGGUCUGGCCACUGUCAUAUACCCUUAUCUUCUGCCAUUCAUCAGCAAACUCCCUCAGUCCAUCACAGACCCCAGGCUGGACUUCUUCAGAAACUUCCUCACCUCUCUCGUUGCAGGGCUGUCGACAGAGAGAAUUAAAACCAGCUUCUCAGAGUGCUCAGCAGUGAUGUCUGCUUUUUUUGAAUGCCUACGUUUUAUAAUGCAGCAAAGCUUAGGUGAGGAGGAGAUGGAGGAGAUGCUCGUCAAUGACCAGUUGAUUCCUGUGAUUGACACGGCUCUCAAAGACCCAAGAUUGCAAGAUGGGCAACUCUUUGACUAUUUAGCAGAAACUUUAAGUUCUUGGGAAGCCAAAGCAGAUAAGGAGAAAAAUGAUAAAGCGGCUCAGAACUUUGAGAAAGUGCUGCUGAAUUUCUGGGGGAGGCUCUCAGAGAUCUGUUACGCGAAGAUCGAUGAGCCAGAGGCUGAUGUGAGGUCGGUCUCAGGUGUAUCGAGUCUAUUGCAGGUCCUUCAGAAGCCGAGCAGCUCACUGAAGUCAAAUAACAAAAAAGUGGGUAAAGUCAGAUUUGCUGAUGAGAUGCCUGAAAGUAACAAAGAGAAUGAGGAGCGUGUCUCCUCUGAAGGGCAGAGCAGUGAGGGCUGUGAGCUGGUGGCUAAGCCUCCUCCCUCCCGUUCCGGCUCAGACUGUCUGUCUCUGCGGCGGAAGAAACCGCUGGAAGACUUAGUCUGCAGACUAGCAGAGAUGAGUAUUAAUUAUGUCAACGAACAGAAGUCAGAGCAACACCUACGGUUUCUUUCCACUCUGCUCAGUUCCUUCUCUUCAACCCAAGUAUUUAAGAUGCUCCUAGGUGAUGAAAAGCCGAGUAUCGUCAAAUCCAAACCCCUGGAAAUAGCCAAACUUAUACAGAAAAACCCAGCAGUGCAGUUCCUAUACCAGAAAGUGGUCGGUUGGCUGAACGAAGACACUAGGAAGGAGGCCAGCUUCGUGGUGGACAUUCUGUACAGUGCCCUCUGUUGCUGUGAGGAUGAGAAGGAGAGAAAAGACAUCCUGGAUGAUCUAACGGAGGUGGAUCUGAAAUGGAAUUCGGUUCUUCAGGUCAUUGAAAAGGCAUGUUCUAGUUCAGAUAAACACGCUUUGGUAAUUUCUUGGCUGAAAGGAGACGUCCUUGGAGAGAAGUUGGUGACCUUGGCAGAUCAUCUUUGCAACAAGGACUUGGGAUCUCCAGUGACUCCUGAACCUUACUUCUCAGAACGAUGGGCUCUCUUACGCUUGGUGUUGUCCCAACAUGUUAACAAUGAUUACUUGAUUGGAGAGGUAUAUGUUGAAAGAAUUAUUGUUAAACUUCAUGAAACCUUAUCCAACAUAAAGAAAUUGUCAGAAGCUGAAAAUAUUGACUCGUCGGUGUCUUUUACCUGCGAUGUGGCCUAUGACUAUUUCAGCUCAGCGACAGGGUGCUUGCUGGUGCCGUCCUCGGAAGACUUACUGCUCACUCUCUUUCAGUUGUGUGCUCAGAGCAGAGCACACGGGCGCCUGCCAGACUUCCUUAUCUGUAAACUGAAAAACACUUGGCUCUCUGGCGUGAAUUUAUUGGUCCAGCACCCCGGCCGUCCAGGUCAGCAGAGUGCCUUCCUGCGCGCGUCGGCGCGGUGGCUGAAGGCCCAGGCGCAGUCUCCGUCUCUGGACCUGACGAGCCUCCAGGGACUCUUGUCUGCUGUUGACGACUUGCUGAACAAGCUCUUGGAGAGUGAAGAUCCUUCCCUCCUGGGCGUCUACAUUGGGAGUGUGAUGCCGGACCACAGGGAGUGGGAGAAGAUGAGACAGUCUCUGCCCAAGCAGUGGUUGCAUAGACCUCUUUUAGAAGGACGACUGAGCUUGAAUUAUGAGUGUUUCAAAGCAGAUUUUAAAGAACAAGAUACAAAGGAACUUCCUAGCCAUUUGUGUACUUCGGCAUUAUUGAGCAAAAUGAUAUUAGUUGCACUGAAAAAGGAAAUAGUCCUAGAAAAUAAUGAGCUUGAGAAGAUAACCGCAGAGCUGCUCUACUCGCUGCAGUGGUGUGAGGAGCUGGACAGCCCGCCUGCCCUCCUCACCGGGUUCUGUGAAAUGCUGGAAAAAAUGAAUAUCACAUACGAUAACUUAUGUGGACUUGGUAAUACGCCUGGCCUUUUGCACCUGCUGUUUAACAGAUCCAUGGAACAUGGCACCCUGUGGUCUCUUAUUAUUGCUAAAUUGGUCCGUUCCGGAAGUGUGUCACCUGAUGACGUAAAGCAGCAUUACAGGAGGAAAGAAGGGUUUUUCCCCCUAACAGAAGGCAAGAUGCACACCAUCCAAAGCCUCUGUCCAUUUCUGCCCGAAGACGACAAGAAAGAAUUCAUUGCUCAGUGUGUGCCUGCCCUUCUGGCCUGGGCCAAGGAAGACCUUUGCAGUACGAAUGGAGGUUUUGGACAUCUUGCCAUUUUAAAUUCUUGUCUGCAAACCAGAAGCAUAGACGAUGGAGAGCUAUUACAUGGUAUACUGAACAUUCUAAUGUGCUGGAAGAAAGACCAUGAGGAUAUUUUUCUUUUCAGUUGUGACCUGUCAGGAGUGAGCCCAGAGGUCCUGGGAGUGAACGUGGAGAUCGUGCGGUUCCUCUCCCUGUUCCUGAGGUGCUGCUCCUCCCCUCUGGCCGAGAGGGAGUGGGACUUCAUCUUGUGCUCCAUGCUGGCCUGGCUGGAGACGACGCGUGAGAACUACGCGCUGCGCUCUGUGCCGCUGGUGCAGCUGCUGGCCUGUGUCAGCUGCGCUCUGGCCUGUGAGCUCAGUGCCUUCUUCGAUUCCACAACGCGGGACCCUGCUGGCCAUCUUCCUGCAAACCUAGUCAGUGAAUGGAAAGAAUUUUUUUCCCAAGGCAUCCACAACUUGCUUUUACCUCUCUUGGUGACAGUUACAGGAGAAAGCAGAGAUACGUCUGAAACAUCCUUUCAGAAUGCAGUGCUAAAGCCCAUGUGUGAGACGUUAACAUAUAUCCCAAAGGAUCAGCUUCUGAAUCACAAGCUCCCUGCAAGGCUGGUCGCUGGCCAGAGCACACACUUGCCGGAACAUCUCCAGACUUUGCUGAACACAUUGGCUCCGUUACUCCUCUUCCGAGCUCGGCCCGUGCAAAUUGCUGCCUAUCAGAUGCUGUACAAGUUGAUGCCAGAAUUACCACAAUAUGAUCAGGAUAAUCUAAAGUCAUACGGAGAUGAAGAGGAGGAACCAGCCUUGUCCCCGCCGGCAGCACUGAUGUCCCUUCUCCACGCGCAAGAGGACCUGCUGGAAAGCGUCCUGGGCUGUGUUCCCGUCGGGCAGGUCGUGGCCAUCCAGCCGCUGAGCGAGGACUUCUGCUCUGUGCUGGGUUACCUCCUCAUCCUCACUUUCUUCAAAGCCUCUUCCUCUCAGCUUCGGGCUCUGUAUUCAAUGUACCUCCGGAAAACAAAGAGUUUAAAUAAACUGCUCUAUCACCUGUUCAGGCUCAUGCCCGAAAACCCGACCUGCACCGAGGCAGCUGCUGAGCCCAGCAAGGAGCCCAAGACCUUCUUCACGGAGGAGGUCCAGCUGAGUAUCAGAGAAACAGCAACCCUUCCGUACCACAUCCCGCACUUGGCUUGCUCCGUCUACCACAUGACCCUGAAGGACCUGCCCGCCAUGGUCCGGCUGUGGUGGAACAGCAGCGAGAAGCGCGUCUUCAAUGUUGUCGACCGGUUCACCAGCAAGUACGUCAGCAGCGUGCUUUCUCUACAGGAAAUAGCUGCUGUGCAGACAAGUACACAGCUGUUCAGUGGCAUGACGGUUAAGGCUCGAGCUACUACUCGAGAAGUGAUGGCUACGUACAGCAUUGAGGACAUCGUCAUUGAGCUGAUAAUCCAGCUGCCUUCCAACUACCCGCUGGGCUCCAUCACCGUGGAGAGCGGGCGGCGCGUGGGCGUGGCCGUGCAGCAGUGGCGGAACUGGAUGCUGCAGCUGAGCACCUACCUCACCCAUCAGAAUGGAAGUAUUAUGGAAGGCUUAGCGUUAUGGAAAAAUAAUGUAGACAAACGCUUUGAGGGUGUUGAAGAUUGCAUGAUCUGCUUUUCAGUCAUCCAUGGGUUCAACUAUUCUCUUCCCAAAAAAGCCUGUAGAACAUGCAAGAAGAAGUUCCACUCAGCCUGUUUGUACAAAUGGUUUACAUCUAGCAACAAGUCCACGUGUCCACUCUGUCGUGAGACCUUUUUCUGA